UUUUAAAACAAAAAGAGUACUAAAAAAAAAAAAACACACAAAAGAUACUCUCUCGCUAUGUUCGGUGUUGGUGCAGCAGCUCCUACCUCCAUCGCCGCCACCACCACCACCGCUCACACUCGCCUCCACAGCAUCAACGCUACCUCUUCUUCUAAUCCUUUUAUUUCGGCUUUAAUUGGGUGCGGUCGGGUUCAGUUUUGUUCCUUGCGCUUGAACUGUGGUGGUCCAAUCAAAGCCAUGGCUGACACUAACACUAGCACUGAUACUAUCUCGGUGCCCAACAGUGCUUCUCAUCCCUCUGCUUCUGGAAACAAACAAGCACUAAUAUCAUUGUCAGACAAGAAAGAUCUGGCUUUUCUUGGAAAAGGGCUCCAAGAACUGGGCUACACAAUUGUUUCAACUGGAGGAACAGCAUCGACUUUGGAAAGUGCUGGGGUAUCUGUUACUAAAGUGGAACAGCUUACUAGUUUUCCAGAAAUGCUUGAUGGCCGUGUAAAAACUCUACACCCUAGCAUACAUGGGGGUAUUCUUGCUAGGAGAGACCAAAAGCAUCACAUGGAUGACCUCAAUAAACAUGGAAUUGCUACAUUUGAUGUUGUUGUGGUGAACUUGUAUCCCUUCUAUAAUAAAGUUACUUCAACUGGAGGAAUUGAGUUCGAGGAUGGAAUUGAGAAUAUUGAUAUUGGUGGUCCUGCAAUGAUCAGGGCUGCUGCAAAGAAUAACAAGGAUGUGUUGGUGGUUGUGGAUCCACAAGAUUAUCCUCUGCUCCUAGAAUUUCUUAAAGGAGGCGGGGAUGAUCAACUCUUCCGUAGAAGGCUUGCUUGGAAGGCAUUUCAACAUGUUGCUUCUUAUGAUUCAGCAGUUGCUGAGUGGCUUUGGAAGCAGACUUCAGGAAUUUCUACAUCUUCUGCCGAUGAUGAUAAAUUCCCUCCCAGCUUAACUGUGCCACUAGAGCGUGCAAGUUCUCUUCGGUAUGGUGAAAAUCCUCAUCAAAAAGCUGCAUUUUAUGUUGACAAGAGGCUUGCAGAGGUUAAUGCUGGUGGUAUUGCAACCGCUAUUCAACACCAUGGGAAGUCAAUGUCUUACAAUAACUAUUUAGAUGCUGAUGCAGCUUGGAAUUGUGUGUCAGAGUUUAAAAACCCUACCUGUGUAGUUGUAAAGCAUACAAAUCCCUGUGGGGUAGCUUCACGUGAUGAUAUCCUUGAAGCAUACAGGCUUGCUGUAAAAGCAGAUCCAGUGAGUGCAUUUGGCGGCAUUGUAGCCUUCAAUGUUGAAAUUGAUGAGGCUCUUGCUAAGGAAAUCCGAGAGUUUAGGAGCCCCACAGAUGGUGAGACUCGGAUGUUUUAUGAGAUUGUGGUUGCACCCAAGUAUACAGAGAAAGGGCUUGAAAUUCUACAGAAAAAAUCCAAGUCUCUAAGGAUCCUCGAAGCACAAAAAAAUGAAAAGGGAAAGCUUUCACUCAGACAAGUUGGUGGUGGGUGGUUAGCUCAGGAUUCAGAUGACUUGACCCCCCAGGAUAUCCAAUUUAACUUGGUCUCUGAGAAGGCUCCACAAGAAAGUGAGCUUCAUGAUGCAGAGUUUGCAUGGUUAUGCGUCAAGCAUGUCAAAAGUAACGCCAUUGUAAUAGCAAAGAAUAACUGUAUGUUGGGCAUGGGAAGUGGGCAGCCAAACCGUGUAGAGAGUUUGAGAAUAGCAUUGAAGAAAGCUGGGGAUGAGGUCAAAGGGGCAGCUUUGGCUAGCGACGCCUUUUUUCCAUUUGCCUGGAAAGACGCAGUGGAAAUAGCAUGUGAGAAUGGAGUUAGCGUUAUUGCUGAGCCUGGCGGGAGCAUCAGAGAUGCAGAUGCCAUAGACUGCUGUAACAAGUAUGGUGUAUCGCUCCUCUUCACCAAUGUGAGGCACUUCAGGCAUUGAUGAUUGUUAGCAUUUCUGUGUCUUUUUCAUUUGGUUUCAUCCGACCACAGUUUGGAAAUUUUGGUAGUCUCUUUCGGUAGGUAGAUGUUCCCUUUUUUUUUUUUUUUUUUUUUUUUUUUUUUUGAGUCAUAAUGUUAUGCAAUCAAGGGAUUUGUAGAACAAUUGGUAGUAUAAAUUGUUUGAUAAGGUUCAACAAAUUAUUUGAGAUUUGGGGAUUUUGAUCUAUCAAAAAUACUUGUGAUGUUAUGGAUUUGAAAUAAGCAUCAAAUCCAAAUCCAUAUCUUAAUACAGCCCAAACCCCUUCUCAAA